AUGGGCCGGCCGCCUGAGCGCGCUACGUAUCAGCUCAUCGACCGGCGGAAAGCGGAGUUUGUACCUUCCUUUGUUAAACCAUCUCUUGGAAGUACUACAGUUCCAGAUGUAACUAAGUCAGAUUUUAGGGGUUCUUCUGAAAAAACAAUCCUAGAUAGGUCCGAGUCAUCAAAGUCUAAUAACUCGGAUGAUGAGGCACACCAGUUUUGGCGUAAGCAGCUUCCUGAUGACAUUAUUCCAGACUUCACUUCUUUUGAGAAAAUUGAACAAGGGCCUGAAGAACUGUCCCUUGCUGGAUUAUCCUUGAAAGCGCCCCCCUUUUAUGGGACAACAUCCAGUCGCUUCUCAAGAGAACAUCAUGAAUUAUCUUCUCCAGCUACCAAGGGCCUGGAACUGGAACAUACCAAUCUGUUGUAUGAAGAUAAUUACCUGGGUUCAAGCAACUGGGAGCAAAAUUAUAUUGGUGAUCUUCAUAUUGCUAAUGGAAACCAGGACCUUCAUUAUGAUUCUGAAACUGGUGUAAGCUUUUCUGAUAGUUUUGCUAGUGAGUAUGCUGCCUCAUCAGAUGGCCUUGUUGCUCCCCUGGAGUACUUGGCAUCUCAGUUCCCUGGAUUUUCAGCAGAGAGCCUUGCAGAGCUGUACUACGCAAAUGGGUGUGAUUUCAACCAUACUAUUGAAAUCCUCACCCAGCUAGAGAUGCAAGUUGAUGCUACACCCAAUCACACACUGAAUCUGGCCCACAACACACCAAACUUUAGCACUGGGGAUUUCCCUGCACUUCCAACAGUCGAGGACCAAAAUGGUUUCAAUAAGGGUAAUGUGGAUGUACUUAGCAUGUUCAAUGGGCGCGGUUCAUCUGCGAUGCCUACUGGAGCUGGUGAUUUUGUUUCAGCUGUUCGCAAACUUGCGUCGCAGAAUUCUGGCCAGUGGAAGUUUAAAAAGGGUCCUGAAUAUGGUAAUGGCGUUUCAGCUCUUUCUGUACCCAAACAGUACAGUUCUAGCACUAAACAAUCAUCUGGGAACAAGUUUCAAAGCAUCAGCAGUGCAAGAGUUGCCCCAUGGCUUGAGACUGGCGAUGCAGUGGCAAGUAUGUACUCAGAAUCAAGGGGAGAAGCUAGUGAUUUUGCUAGGGUCCGAAAUGCAUGCUUUGAGCAGGCUAGACAGGCUUACUUGGUUGGCAACAAGGCUCUUGCGAAGGAACUCAGCAUGAAGGGGCAGGCAUACAAUGUGCAAAUGAAAGCAGCUCAUGAGAAAGCUAGAGAAGCUAUUUACCGACAAAGGAAUCCUGUUUCUUCCCAACGUGGGGGUGACCACCUGAUUGAUUUACAUGGCUUGCAUGUGAAUGAAGCAAUCCACAUCCUGAAGGGUGAGCUCACUGCCUUGAAGAGCGCAGCGAGGGCAGCAGGGGAGAGGAUGCAAGUCAUGGUUUGCGUUGGAACAGGCCACCACACCAAGGGCUCUCGCACUGCGAGGUUGCCUAUUGCUGUGGAGCAGUUCCUCCUGGAUGAAGGCCUCCAGUACACGCAGCCCCAGGCGGGUCUGCUCCGAGUGAUGGUGUACUAA